GAAAGAAACAGCAAAAAAGCGAAGAGACGCGACCUGAAAAAUAUGCAGAGACGGAUAGAUAGAAAAUCAAAAUUGGUACAUUUUUUAGAGAGAGAGACUUCACUUUGAAAAAAAAAAAAAAAGAUUUUCCUGAGAGAGAGAGAGAGAGAUCUGAGUUAAGCAACGAGUGUGGAAGAAGACUGAGUGGACUCGUGGUGUGGAGGCGAGUCACUGUUUCAAAUAUUAAGAUCGUGACCUGGUCGGAUCCUGUAUCUUGAAAUUGACGUUAACCGUCCGAUUUAACCCCUCUCUGUCUCUCUCUCUUUAAAAUUUCAACCUUUUUUGAAGCCAAAUUGAAAGGGAAAGAAAAACCUAAUCGGUCGGGUCAGGUUGCGGAUCUUUCUGUAUUUGGAUGCUGCAUCUACUUUCUUAGAUAAAACGUCUGUGGAAGCUUUAACUUCACUGUAAAUGGAACUGAGGAUAAAAAAUGGAAGGCAUUUGGGCAAUUGUGAAGAAAUUAUAGCAUUGCUGAAUUUUUUAGUAGUUUCAAUUGAAUUUUACUAUAGUUAGUAUUGGAGGUGGAUAGCAAAGCCUAAAAGCCCUAAUCUUGGUAAUUGUGGAACCUUAGAAAAUAGAAUCUUUUAUCUUCAAAGAUAUUAUUUUGGAGAAUUUGAGAUAAAGGUGGAAGGGGAUUUUUGUUAAUUUUUAUGUUUUUAAUGUUAGAGGUAUUGGGGAUGGGGGAAAUCAUAGCUUAGGAUAGAAAUCAAAGAGAGUUAAGUAUAAUGGAGGAUCUUUCCAAGUAUGCCCAUAGUCCUGCCCAUUUAGCCGUUGCCCGCCGUGACUAUGCUGGGCUUAGGCGCAUUAUCUCGACGCUUCCUCGGCUUGCCAAGGCUGGUGAGGUUAAUACUGAAGAAGAAUCUGUUGAGGCUGAGCUCCAUGCUGACACUAUCUCAGCUGUCAUAGAUCGUCGUGAUGUCCCAGGUAGGGAGACUCCACUGCAUUUAGCAGUGCGGUUGCGAGAUCCAAUCUCGGCAGAGAUUUUGAUGGCAGCUGGAGCAGAUUGGAGUCUUCAGAAUGAGCAUGGUUGGAGUGCUUUGCAAGAAGCAGUAUGCACAAGGGAAGAGGCAAUUGCUAUUAUCAUUGCACGACACUACCAGCCACUUGCCUGGGCAAAAUGGUCUCGUAGACUUCCUAGGAUUGUUGCCUCAGCAGCUCGCAUCCGUGACUUUUACAUGGAGAUAACUUUUCAUUUUGAAAGUUCAGUCAUUCCAUUUAUUGGUCGCAUUGCACCAUCAGACACUUACCGCAUUUGGAAGCGGGGUUCAAAUCUCCGUGCUGAUAUGACACUUGCUGGAUUUGAUGGGUUCCGUAUUCAAAGAUCAGACCAAACAUUUCUCUUUCUAGGUGAAGGCUACACUUCGGAGGAUGGGAAUCUUUCUCUUCCUCCAGGCUCUUUGAUUGCUCUUUCUCAUAAGGAAAAAGAAGUUACAAAUGCUCUUGAGGGGGCUGGUGCACAACCAACAGAAUCAGAAGUUACUCAUGAAGUAGCAUUAAUGUCUCAAACUAAUAUGUAUAGGCCUGGUAUUGAUGUCACUCAGGCUGAGCUUGUUCCUUAUUUGAAUUGGAGGCGACAAGAGAGAAGUGAGAUGGUUGGAAACUGGAAGGCUAAAGUUUAUGAUAUGCUUCACGUGACAGUCAGUGUGAAGUCAAGGAGGGUUCCUGGUGCAAUGACUGAUGAAGAGCUUUUUUCUGUGGAUGAUGAAGAAAGGAUGGCAAAUGGUGGUGAAAAUGACGAGUACGAUGAUGUAUUGACAGCUGAGGAAAGGAUGCAGUUAGAUUCAGCACUUUGUAUGGGAAAUUCAGAUGGUUUUUGUGAUGAUGAUGAGCAUGGGUUUAUUGACUGUCAAGAAAAUGGUUCAGGAGGUUCCUAUGAAAAUUGUGAAUCAAAUGGUGUUGCUAAGGAGAAGAAGAGCUGGUUUGGCUGGAAUAAGAAAGGCUCAAAGAAUGGUGAUGAUCCUGAGGAUUCAAAGAUUUUGAAGAAGUUCUCAAAAUUGGCCCCUGAAGGUAGCAAUCGGCAAGUUGAUAGUCACAAAUCAUCUUCUGAAUUUACAAGGGAAGAUGCUGUGGAUGGCAAGAAGGGUAAAGAUAAAGGCAGCAAGAAGAAGAAGAAGAAAGGGGGCAUUAGUGAUGCUAAAUAUGAGAGUGAGUAUAAGAAGGGUUUGAGACCUGUUUUAUGGUUAACGCCAGAUUUCCCUUUAAAGACUGAGGAGCUCCUGCCUUUACUUGACAUAUUAGCUAACAAGGUCAAGGCUAUAAGGAGACUAAGGGAGCUUCUGACAACUAAACUGCCUUUGGGCACAUUUCCAGUCAAGGUUGCCAUCCCUAUUGUCCCAACUAUUCGAGUCCUUGUAACUUUCACAAAAUUUGAGGAGCUUCAGCCCAUGGAGGAGUUCUCAACACCUCUUUCCAGCCCAGCUCAUUUCCAGGACGCCAAGUCAAAGGAAUCAGAGGGUUCAACAUCAUGGAUUUCAUGGAUGAGAGGGAGUCGUGGUGGCCAGUCAAAUGAUAGUGAUAGUCAUCGCUACAAGGAUGAGGUUGAUCCUUUCCACAUACCAUCUGACUAUACCUGGGUAGAUGCCAACGAGAAAAAACGCCGUAUGAAAGCCAAGAAAGCCAAAAGCAAGAAACACAAACGGCAGGCAGCAGCCAAAGGUGGGGAUGGAGGCCAACAGAUAAAUGAAGAGGUAGAAGAAUAAUUACGUGGUCCCAGUUAUUUUACACCUUCAGUGGCAUCUGCCAGAGAAAGAGGAGGUAGGGCUCCUCCCUCUACCCACUUUACAUUUUUCUAAUUGCACUUCGCUACAUAGGGCUCGUUGAUUUGCAGAAUGAUUGGUAGGUGAAUCACUUUGAUUAAGAAGAGCCUUGUCUUCUUCUGUUGUUGUAUUGUUAUGUGAUGUGAAAUUGGAGAGGGACAAUCUCCUUGUUUCUCUGAUAUCUUGUAUCGAUUCUAGUUUUUCUUGGACAUCAAAAUCUUUGUAUCUAAAUCCACGGUCAUCAAAGUUUCAUUUUUGUGAUUGGUAUUCUUUUUCCUGUCA